AUGGGAAGUGGGAUCAGUUCAGAGAGCAAGGAGUCAGCCAAGAGGUCAAAAGAGCUGGAGAAGAAACUUCAGGAAGAUGCUGAGCGAGAUGCGAGGACAGUUAAGCUGCUACUGCUAGGAGCAGGUGAAUCUGGAAAAAGUACAAUUGUUAAACAAAUGAAGAUCAUCCAUAAGAACGGGUACAGUAAGCAGGAAUGCAUGGAGUUCAAGGCAGUCAUCUACAGUAACACACUGCAGUCCAUCCUAGCCAUUGUGAAAGCAAUGACUACGCUUGGGAUCGAUUAUGUGAACCCUAGAAGUGCAGAAGACAAGCAGCAACUGCACGCAAUGGCAAAUACACUAGAAGAUGGCGACAUGACACCCCAGCUGGCUGAAGUGAUUAAACGCCUCUGGGGAGACCCAGGAAUCCAAGCUUGCUUUGAAAGGGCUUCUGAAUACCAGCUCAAUGACUCUGCCGCUUACUACCUUAAUGACUUAGAUAGAAUCACAGCCCCUGGGUACGUGCCAAAUGAGCAAGAUGUUCUGCAUUCCCGGGUGAAAACGACUGGUAUCAUUGAAACUCAAUUCUCCUUUAAAGACUUGAACUUCAGAAUGUUUGAUGUUGGUGGGCAGAGGUCAGAGAGAAAGAAAUGGAUCCACUGCUUUGAAGGAGUGACGUGCAUCAUAUUCUGUGCUGCCCUCAGUGCCUACGACAUGGUGCUCGUCGAAGAUGAAGAGGUGAACAGAAUGCACGAAAGUCUUCACCUAUUCAACAGCAUCUGCAAUCACAAGUAUUUCGCGACCACUUCCAUUGUUCUCUUUCUCAACAAGAAAGAUCUCUUCCAGGAAAAAGUGGCCAAGGUUCACCUCAGCAUCUGCUUCCCAGAGUACACUGGACCAAAUACAUUCGAAGAUGCAGGGAACUACAUCAAGAACCAGUUUCUGGACCUGAAUUUAAAGAAGGAAGAUAAGGAAAUCUACUCUCACAUGACCUGUGCUACUGAUACCCAAAACGUCAAAUUCGUGUUUGAUGCGGUGACAGACAUAAUAAUAAAAGAGAAUCUCAAAGACUGUGGGCUCUUCUGA